AUGUUCACCAAGCGCAUCCUUGCCCUCGCGAUCGUGGCCGUCGCAGUCAAUGCCGCGACUUUGCCCUCGCUCCCGCUCGUCGGAUCUCAGUCGAGCCAGGACAGCUCGGCGAGCAACUCGGGCAACUCGGCCUCUACUUCGCAGACGUCUUCCAACACGGCAGCGGCCAGCAGCCUUGCCAGCCUUGCGCCAAGGCAUGAUCCAUGCCAUUCGCCAUCCUUACUCGUCUCUGACCAACUCCCACAGGGCCAGUUCCAGCCCAACCAGGAGUCAACCUCUUGCCAGCCCGCCCAGCCGGGUUACUACGUCGACUCCGAAGGUGCUUCGUCGCAGACUCCUUGCGGCGCUGGCCACUUCAGCAACGGCUACGCAGACCAUUGCAACGACGCUGCACCUGGGUACUACUGCGAGUCGAACACGUGCGAAACUCCUGCGCCUUGCCCGCCUGGCACCUUCGCGGCCCAAUCUGGUCAGGGUACCUGCACUCCUUGCGCAGCGGGAUCGUACAACGACGCGAGCGCCCAAACUCAGUGCCAAUCGUGCCCCGCCGACCGUCCCAACAGCCAGGAGGGCGCUGUCAACUCUGACAAGUGCACGGCCAAUGCUCGCAGGGGAUUGGAUGGUGCGGUCAAGGGAAGCGGAUUCCCGCUCGCGACCACCGAGUCUGCCACUUUCCCUUCGAGCUCUGCGGCGGCGCCUGCUACCACCUCGAAGGCUGCGGGUGGAAAGCGCCAGCUCCCGUUCGAUAUGCUCCCGACCCCUUCGGCUCCUGUGCCCGCUCAGAGCUCCGCUAUAGCGGCGGCGCAAGGGUAA